GUGGGCCAGGCUAUCGAUUUCCAUCUAUUUACACGUGUACAUAACAGCUGUGCCAUUCGAUGGCGCGAGAGAGCAAACGAACAGGAGAGAUGCAGCGCACUCUCUCGCUCCGAGAAAUCACCAACCAGCAUGCAGCAGCAAACAAACGACAUAGCGUAAGAGAGUACAGUUCAAAUAUGAACUCCACCGAACUGGUUUCUAUCUACAGUGAACUUGUUCUCGUUGUCCACUGACACCAGACCCAGCCCUUAUUUGCCAUUGCGUUGUGCCUGCGGCGUUGGUCUCUCGCUCGCACCAACCUGCGCCCUGGCGUACUUGGUAUCACCUUUCGAGGAUUGAUACCUUGCAUCUGCGUUACAGCCUCAGUACAUCUCAGGUGUCAGUAGCGGAAGGAAGUGAUUGUCGUUUUUGCUUUCGUCGCCGCAGCCACCCGCCGUCGCGAGUUAGUUAAUUGUGACGACACGACAACGAAAACGGUUCGUAGUAUUUUUUUUCACCGCGAGUGUUGCUUCGAAACUACCCCGCCCCUUAACCACCCACCGUAAACCCCGUGCAACGAUAGUAACUCCCAUCAGUUGACCAGUUCGGGGUGUGAGUGAGUUUAGUGAACAUUUUAAAUGACUACCUUCGGAAAAGGUCCAGUGGACUGCCGAGUAGUGACUAGCAUUAGAUUUAGUUGCAGUACACACGCGAGCUAGUGAUAUCCCCAGGGAUCUGUGGGAAGUGUGAGACCACCGUAUCGAGUGAGAGUGUGUGAUCUUUGACUAAGUGAUCGCGGUGCAAAAUUAGUCGAGCUUAUAAGUGCUACCGUUUUAAGUCAAUUAUUAGAUUUUUUCUGUGUUUUGAAAACUCAAAUAAGUGCUAAAAUAGUCGCGAAACUUGCAUGAUCGAUUGUAUAGUGACAAAUAGUAGUGACGUUAUGAUAAUUGUUGAUCAACGUUGAUGACACUGUGUACAGUUGUUCGUUUUAAUUGUUAGUAUUGUGCGGGGCGUAACUGACGGAUUCAUGCCAUGGAUAAUCCUAGCUAUGGAACAUCUCAUAUGUCGUCGCCAGCACUAGUAGUGUUUUCCCAGGCCGCAAACGGAUUAAGUGACGCACUGCGUAUACAGCGGCCAUUCCAAACACAACUUCCGGACGCCAAAGACCUGCACCACCUUUCGCUUAUGAGUGGCUACGGAGCCCAUCUGCUGCACGGCUUCCAGCCCCAUUUCCUCCACCCGCUGAAUCCGGCCGUAUCGACGGCCAGCGGGACCAGUCCCUUCGGCGGUGGGGGAGCUUUCGUGAAACCGUUUCCAUCGAACCUGCCACUCCCGUCUGCCUUCACGCCGCCCAAAUGUCUCGGAUUUGGAAUCGACCAAGGACUUCUGUUCGGCGGUAGCAGCGGUUCGGAGUCCUUCCGGACGUCUGAUUCUUCGAGUCCUGCCUGUACCUCACUGUCCCCACCCGCGAAAGAUGAAUCCAUGGAGGGACACACAAGCGAAGAGGGAGAUCGAGAUCGAAUAUGCAGCCCGGAACGAAGUCCGGAGACACCUGGCUUCAGACUGGCGGCAUACCGUUUCUAUCAAUGCUUCACUAAACAAGGAAUCGGUCCACCGAAGAAAAGCUUCGUCGGUACUCCACCACCCAACUCCUGUCCCAUCUGUGGCAUCCAGCUUGCACCAAGUGACCUAGAGACCCAUUUCUCCGCCGAGCUUACUCGACUUAGCAAGAUGAGUUCCGCUGCCGAACGAUUGGAACUUCGGCGAACGCUGGGCGUUGACAUGCACGCGAUGCAAAGCACCCUUCAGGGCCGAACCAGUCGAUGGGAGACGUUUAAAAAUAUACGCAACAAGCGACAGGACCGCCUCCGGGGUAAAUUGAGGAAGCGAAAAUUUGAUGGCGAAGAUGGAUUCGGCAUGCAGUUAGGGAAUGUUAACUGUCAAUCUUGCCCGGUGUGCCAUGGAAGGCUACAACGGACGCAGGAGGAAAUCGCUCAGCAUAUCGAGGACUGUGUGAGGAAGCAACAUCACCAUCAGCAGCAACAGCAACAACAGCAGCAAAGCAGUCAAUCUUCUACCCAGGAUGAAGAUGAAACAGUGGAUGUGGAGAGUUACGGGGAUGAAACAUCCAACGGGGCGAUCAAUAUGACUUCGAAUGUAAUUCAUCAUACUAACGGUAGUCUCCAUAACAAUAAUAAUAACAACAACAAUGUGCCAUUGAAGCCAGACCCGAUGACAAAAAUUCCUCCAAUGGAGGAAAGUGCCAUCACUUCGCUUAGCUCAAUUGUUCCGCACUGGGACAGAAAAACUACUAGACUUAACCUGCCACUUAACUGCACAGCCACCUCCGAUAACUCUAUUACUCGAGUGACUCCGACCAGUAGCGAUCAACGUAUCGAUGUCGAUUACGAGCAGGAUCAUGAUCACAGUCAGGAUAUGGUCACCGAUAAUGACGAGGAAGUAAUCGUGGAUAACACGGACGACGAGGACUGCCUCAAACGACACCGGUCCACGUUGACUGCGCUGGGUGGGCAUCUCGGCAACGGUGGUCCCAAUAAUAGUAUUCUGCGUGACGAAAAGAACAGCACUGAAGAAGCGACCUCAUCUGUCGAAAUCGACUCCGUAACGGAUUCCAUGUCGAUCCGAACGGCUGGCAAUACUCCCAACUCCGACUCAUACGUGAGCACCUCGGAGCCAGCAGAACCUUCCUCAAAGGCGCAAGUAUUGGAAGAACUCAAAGCACGAAUACGAGAACUGGAGGGAUCACCUCACUACAAAUGUUUCAUAUGUAAGGAAAAAUGUAAGACUUUGAUUAUAUCAAAAAUUUGCGGACACUACUUGUGUGAGGAAUGCUGGAUCACAGAAUCGGACUCCUCCAAGAUUUGCCCACGUUGUAGAAUUGUCACUGCAAAUUCUGACUUUAGAAAAAUUCAUGCAUAGAUCUGAAUCGUAAAAUAAAUAUUUAUUACAUUAUUUCCCUAUUUAUUUUCUUCAUUUGUAGAAAUAUGUGAAUAAAUUGCAUUUUGCGCGACAUUAAGAAAUAAACUUUUAGAUUCAGACUCUAAAGCUAUCUGGAGCUAAUAUAUUUGAAAUAUUUGCUAGUUGAAAACUACUUGUUUAUCUUUAAACAAGCAAAACUAUUUCGAAAACAAUGUGCAAUAAAUGUCCAGUUUUGUUCAAUUUUGAAAAUCAAUCACUGAAAACUAGAAGCUAUCCAACAUGUUAAACGAUAUGAAAUCAUCCCCAGUGAUAGAAGCCAACUGAAGCAAGCGAUAAGGCAGAACACAUUAUCAAUCUUUCUAAAAGUAAACAAACAUUGUAUGUAAAAAUUACUUGUUAUGCCAAUAUAUACUUGAAUAGAUAAUAAUCGAGAAAAGCUUUUAGUUAAACAACAAAAUCUAAAUUUAACCUGUUGUGUAAAUAGCCAAUGAUACAAGAUAAGAUAAAUUAUUGAAAAUAGUAAAAUGACACUCUUUUCACACUUCUUCUUAUUUCACAAGCUUUCUCCUGCCCUCGAUGAGACUAGAUGGAAUAAAUUACUAUAAAUGAAAAAAGCAAAUUUCAAACUGUUUUUAUGCCAAUUUCUUAUAGUCGCAAAGUCAAUAUUUCUCUAAAGAAGGUCAAUAAAAUA